AUGCAGAAAGGGAUGAGACUCAACGAUGGCCACAUCACCUAUCUGGCUCUUUUGGCGAAGAAGGAUGGGACCAGGCGAGGUUGCCUGAGUAAGAAAAGCUCAGACAACACAAAAUGGCAUUCAAAGUGGUUCGCUUUGUUGCAGAACAUGCUGUUUUAUUUCGAGAACGACUCCAGCUCACGCCCCUCCGGACUGUACCUGUUGGAGGGAUGCGUUUGUGACAGGGCACCGUCACCGAAACUAUCCCUCUCAGCGAAGGAAUGCUUAGAGAAGCAGUACUACUUUACAGUCACGUUCAAUCAUGACAACCAGAAGGCUUUGGAGCUGCGCACAGAGGACGUCAAGGACUGUGAUGAGUGGGUGGCUGCCAUCACACAGGCCAGUUACAGGAACCUGGCUACAGAGCAUGAGACCCUCAUGCAGAAGUAUCUCCAUCUACUCCAAAUAGUGGAGACGGAGAAAAUGGUUGCCAAGCAACUUCGACAACAGAUAGAGGAUGGGGAAAUCGAGAUAGAGCGGCUAAAAUCAGAGAUCGCUGGACUGCUGAAGAACAAUGAAAAGAUCCAGUCAAAUCCAGAGGUGCCUCCCAGUGAAGACGACACAGAAAUCAAGAAGAUCAAAAAGGUCCAGAGUUUCCUACGAGGUUGGAUUUGCCGCAGGAAGUGGAAAACCAUCAUCCAGGACUACAUCCGUUCACCCCACGCUGAAAGCAUGAGGAAGAGGAACCAGGUGGUGUUUAGCAUGCUGGAGGCCGAGGCCGAAUACGUCCAGCAACUCCACAUCCUGGUCAACAACUUCCUACGGCCACUGCGCAUGGCCGCCAGCUCCAAGAAGCCACCCAUCACUCACGAUGACGUCAGUAGCAUCUUCCUUAACAGUGAGACCAUCAUGUUCCUCCAUCAGAUCUUCUACCAGGGCCUGAAGGCCCGGAUAGCCAGCUGGCCGACACUUGUGCUGGCGGACCUGUUUGACAUCUUGCUGCCCAUGCUCAACAUCUACCAGGAGUUUGUGAGGAACCAUCAGUACAGCCUGCAGAUCCUGGCCCACUGCAAACAGAACCGGGACUUCGACAAGCUGCUGAAGCAGUACGAGGCCAAGCCCGACUGUGAGGAGAGGACACUGGAGACCUUUCUCACUUACCCCAUGUUUCAGAUCCCUCGUUACAUUCUGACGCUGCAUGAGUUGCUGGCUCACACCCCCCAUGAGCAUGUAGAGAGAAACAGUUUGGACUACGCCAAGUCAAAACUGGAGGAGCUUUCCAGAAUCAUGCAUGAUGAGGUGAGCGAGACAGAGAACAUCAGGAAGAACUUAGCUAUUGAGCGGAUGAUUGUGGAGGGUUGUGAAGUGCUGCUGGACACCAGUCAGACGUUUGUCAGGCAAGGUUCCCUGAUCCAGGUGCCGAUGAGCGAGAAAGGGAAGAUCACGAGAGGCCGACUGGGCUCUCUGUCUCUGAAGAAAGAAGGCGAGAGACAGUGUUUCCUCUUCUCCAAACAUCUCAUCAUCUGUACCCGCGGCUCCGGGGGAAAACUACACAUCACUAAGAAUGGAGUGAUCUCUCUCAUCGACUGCACACUGAUGGAGGAGCCAGAGGGGACAGAUGAUGAGUGUAAGUUACAAUCCAAGGACAUAGAGCACCUGGACUUUAAAGUGAUGGUGGAGCCCAAAGACGUCCAGCCCUUCACCGUCAUCCUGGUGCCUUCGUCCCGACAGGAGAAAUCAGCGUGGACAAGCGACAUCAGCCAGUGCAUUGACAACAUUCGCUGCAAUGGUCUGAUGAUGAACGCUUUCGAGGAAAACAGUAAAGUCACCGUGCCACAGAUGAUUAAGUCGGACACCAGCUUGUACUGUGAUGAUGUCGACAUUCGCUUCAGCAAGAUGAUGAACUCCUGCAAGGUGCUGCAGAUCCGCUACGCCAGCGUUGAGCGUUUGUUGGAGAGGCUGACUGACUUGCGCUUCCUCUCCAUCGACUUCCUGAACACUUUCCUCCACUCCUACCGUGUCUUCAGCAGUGCUGACGUCGUGCUGGACAAGCUCAUCACCAUCUACAAGAAGCCCAUCAGUGCUAUCCCCGCACGUUCUUUGGAGCUUUUCUUUGCCAGCAGCCAGAACAACAAACUCCUCUACGGCGAGCCACCCACGUCGCCACGUGCCAGCCGCAAGUUCUCCUCCCCUCCUCCGCUCUCCAUCACCAAGACGUCCUCGCCCAACCGCCGUCGCAAGCUUUCGCUCAACAUCCCCAUCAUCACAGGGGGCAAAGCCCUGGACCUGGCUGCACUCAGCUGUUCUCCCAAUGGCUAUGCAAGCAUGCACUCCACCAUGUCACCCUUCAGUAAGACCACCCUCGACAUUAACAAGCUUUAUGUGUCUAGCACCAUGGCCAGCAAAAUCCCCGAUGAGGGAGAGACCAAAGCCGACGGCAAGGCGGAGGAGUCUGUCCUCAACAAGCAAGAUCUGUCCGUGAGAGAGGAAUGUGAUGAGGAUCCAAGACAGAGUGAGGAAGUAGAAGCAGAAAUGUCUCCUCCCAAAUCACCAUCGACACCCAAGAACGUCAAGUCCAAAAACUCUGGUGCGUUUUCCCUGUUUUCCUUCAACAAUGGCAUGGUGGUGUCCUCUUGCCGGGAGCUGGACAACAACCGCAGUGCCCUCUCUGCGGCCUCGGCCUUUGCCAUCGCCACGGCUGGUGCCAAUGAAGGCACGCCAACCAAGGAGAAGUAUCGCCGCAUGUCGCUCGCCAGCACAGGUUUUCCAACAGACCAGAGGAAUGGGGACAAAGAGUUUGUUAUCAGGAGAGCUGCCACAAACCGAGUCCUGAAUGUGCUGCGUCACUGGGUCUCCAAGCACUCACAGGACUUUGAGCUCAACACAUGCGGGCUAAAGAUGCGGGUAAUUGGCUUCCUGGAGGAGGUGAUGCAUGACCCAGAGCUCCUGACACAAGAAAGAAAGGCAGCUGCCAACAUCAUCAGGACUCUCACUCAGGAGGACCCUGGAGACAACCAGGUCACACUGGAAGAGAUCAGACAGAUGGCCAUGGAAGACUGUAAGACUGAGCCGUUUGAGAGCCACUCCGCCCUGGAGAUCGCUGAGCAACUCACACUGCUGGACCACCUGGUCUUCAAGGUCAUCCCAUAUGAGGAGUUCUUUGGUCAAGGCUGGAUGAAGAACGACAAGAACGAGAGAACUCCCUAUAUUAUGAAGACAACCAAGCAUUUCAACGAUAUCAGCAACAAGAUUGCCACAGAGAUCCUGCAGUGGGAUGAUGUCAACAUGCGAGUGGCGGUGAUCGAGAAAUGGGUGGCAGUGGCUGACAUCUGUCGCUGCCUCCACAACUACAACGCCAUGCUGGAGAUUACGUCCUCUCUCAAUCGCAGCUCCGUCUUCCGCCUCAAGAAGACCUGGCUCAAAGUCUCCAAGCAGACAAAGACCGUGAUUGACAAGUUACAAAAGCUGGUGUCAUCAGAAGGGCGAUUCAAAAACCUGAGAGAAGCUCUGAAGAACUGUGACCCUCCCUGUGUUCCCUACCUGGGAAUGUACCUGACUGACCUGGCCUUCAUCGAGGAGGGAACGCCCAACUACACCGAGGACAGCCUGGUUAACUUCUCCAAGAUGAGAAUGAUAUCUCACAUUAUCAGAGAAAUACGGCAAUUUCAGCAAACGGCUUACAAGAUUGAUUAUCAACCAAAGGUCGCAAAGUACUUGCUGGACAGCAGUACAACGCUGGAUGAGGAAAGCCUGUAUGACGCGUCUCUGAGAAUCGAGCCCAAAACUUUAUCAUGAAGAUGAUCUCUCUCUCUCUCAAACCUCAUAUGGAUCAACUUACAAGUUAUUUAUUAUCAUGUGCACAACAAUUACACAGAAGCAGUUGUUGUCAAUGAAACUCUUAGAUCUCAGGCUCACUCCAACAGUGAUCACCCAAGUAAAAAUGUAAA